GACUCCAUCAGCCCCUGCCUGCAGAGGGGAAAGCGCAACCUCCGCGGCCACUACUGCUCUCUGCCAUGUGCAGGCCGGUGGGGGAGGCUCCUGCCUAACGCUCUCCAAGCCUUCCAGCGGAAGUCAGGAUUCCGCGGAUGAAGUGUCCUAAGGCGGUGGGAGGCGGGACUUGUAAGGGGGGGACAAACGGGCGCUACUGUCGCACAGCUGCGACCCUGGCUCGCGAGGGCGGGACUCGGCUGGCGAGAGCUCGUGGGGAUUGCGCAUGCGCCUGGCUGCCGGUCGCCUCCGCGCAUGUGCGCGCUCACGCUACUUCCCAGCAUUCCGCGUAUGGGCGGGGUGUGUAGCGUCAGGUCGUUUGAUCCGGAAACGGCGGCGGUAGCGGAGGCGACAGGAGCGAGGGGCCACCGUUGCUGGGUACGCCGGUGAUCCGAGCGAGGGGAACGUGACCCGGAAGCGGAAGCGAGCCUCCGUGCCAGCUCCGCCCAGCCUUACUCCCCCAGGUCUGCCAUUGGACUUAACCACCAUGGACCUGUUAUUUGGGCGCCGAAAGACGCCAGAGGAGCUGCUGCGCCAGAACCAGCGGGCUCUAAACCGUGCCAUGCGAGAGCUAGACCGGGAGCGACAGAAGCUGGAGACUCAGGAGAAGAAAAUCAUUGCAGACAUCAAAAAGAUGGCCAAGCAGGGGCAGAUGGAUGCUGUGCGCAUCAUGGCAAAAGACCUAGUGCGUACACGGCGCUAUGUGCGCAAGUUUGUUUUGAUGCGGGCCAACAUCCAGGCUGUGUCCCUGAAGAUACAGACACUGAAGUCCAACAACUCAAUGGCACAAGCCAUGAAGGGGGUCACCAAGGCCAUGGGUACCAUGAACAGACAGCUGAAAUUGCCCCAGAUCCAGAAGAUCAUGAUGGAGUUUGAGCGGCAGGCAGAGAUCAUGGACAUGAAGGAGGAGAUGAUGAAUGAUGCCAUCGACGAUGCCAUGGGAGAUGAGGAAGAUGAAGAGGAGAGUGAUGCUGUAGUGUCCCAGGUCCUAGAUGAGCUGGGACUGAGCCUGACAGACGAGCUGUCGAAUCUCCCCUCCACUGGAGGCUCACUCAGUGUGGCUGCUGGUGGGAAGAAAGCAGAGGCCACAGCUUCAGCCUUGGCUGAUGCUGAUGCAGACCUAGAAGAGCGGCUCAAGAACCUUCGGAGAGACUGACCACACCCCUGCCACUGGGGAAAGGGCAGAAUGGACACCCAGGGUCUUUACCGUGCUUAUCUGUAAUAAAUGAAAUUGAAUGCUAA